AUGAUCUCUUUUUUAAUACUUUUUUCAAUACCAAUAUUUUCGAUCUCAGGAAAUUAUAACAAAAUAUGGAUACCUUCUAAAUAUGAUUGUCCAUCAACUUGUCCACCAAUAUCUUCUUGUUUUAAUGUUAGCCAUUGUCAUAAGACUACAUUAGAUGAGUGUGGUUGUUGCAAAAUAUGUAUUGGAAAAUUACAUGAUAAAUGUGGACCUAAAAUUGGAAUAUGUGGAGAAAAUUUAUAUUGUUCAUUUGAAGAUUCAACAUCUAUUGAUAUGAAUAUUGGAAUAUGUAGAGAAAGAUAUCCAGAAAAAUGUUUAAAUGUUAAAUGUCCAAUAACAUUUAUCUCUGAAUGUCCUGAUGAUUCAAGAUUAACAACACCACAAGUUAUUCCUGGUGAAUGUUGUACACCACCACCAAAAUGUAUCUGUGAACCAUCAGGUUGUCAAAAAACUGUUCCAACAUGUAAACCAGGAUAUGAAAGAAUAUUAAUAAAAUUAGGAAAUUCAACAUUACCUGGUGAGUGUUGUGAUGAAUUUAAAUGUGAAAAAAUUAGAAGAGAUUGUAAAAAUAUAAAAUGUCCAGAGGUUUUUGAUAUGGAUGCUAUUGAUACAUGUCCAGAAGAUUCAUUUAGACCACCAUCAUAUGUUAGAGAUGAAGGUUGUUGUCCAUUUAAUCCUGGUUGUAGAUGUAAAGAAUUACAUUGUCCAAUUAAUAUAUGUCCAAAAAAUGAAACAUUAAUUAUUGAUGUUAAAGGUGAUGGUACACCAGGAAGAUGUUGUGAUAAAUUUCAUUGUAUCAAUGAAACAAUAAAUAAUAAAAAAAUUAUUAAUAAUUAUGAUUAUUUAUGGCAUAGAAAUUUUGAAUGUAAUUAUAAUGGUAUUAUUUAUAAAGAAGGACAAAAAUGGUAUGCAAAUAGUUGUCAAAAUUGUGAAUGUAAAAAUGGUGUAGUUUUAUGUAAAAAAAUGGAUUGUGAUAAACCACCAAAUGAUUGUACAUGGGUAGGUGUAUUAAAUGAUGAAUGUUGUCCAGUAUGCCUUGGUUGUAAAACAGAAGAUGGACAAUAUUUUAGUAAAAAUGAAACAUGGAAAAAAGAUGAUUGUACAACAUGUACAUGUGGUAUUGAUGGUAAAAAUUAUUGUCAAACAACAACAUGCCUUAAACAAUGUGAUAAUCCAAAAAAAAUUGAUGGUGAAUGUUGUCCUGUUUGUGAUGAACCAUUAAUAAUUGUUCCACCAAAAAUUUGCCCAGAAAUUAAAUGUUCAUUACGUUGUCCUAAUGGUUUAGUAAAAGAUUCUUGGGGUUGUUUUAAAUGUCAUUGUGCUGAUAAUAUACAUACAUUUAAUUUUUAUAAUGAUUUUGAUACUCCUUUAACAUCAGUAACUGAUACAUGUGAAGAUUUUGAUGGUAUGAUAUGUGAUAAAACAUGUGCACAUGGUUAUAUUAAAAAUCAAAAUGGUUGUCGUGUAUGUAAAUGUUCUAAAUGUCCAGAACUUGAUCAAUGUUAUAAACAUUGUUUAUAUGGUUUUGAAUUAAAUUCACAAGGAUGUCCUAUUUGUAAAUGUAAUCCUAAAAAUAUUAUAAAUAAAGAAGAAAGUAAUAUUAUUAAAGUAUCAUCAAAUGAUACAUGUCAUAUAACUUUUGAUGAUGGUUCAUUUGAGAUAAAAGAUAAUGGUGAAUGGUGGACAGAUAAUAAUUGUAGAAAUUGUUUUUGUCAUAAUGGUAAAGAAUUAUGUUCAAUAAUAUCAUGUCCACAAAGACCUUCAUUUUGUCCAGAAUCUCAAUGGAUAAAAAAAGGUGAUGAUUGUUGUCCAUCAUGUUUUGGUCAACAUUCUAUUGAAACAAAACAUGAUUUAACUGUUUGUUAUAAUCCUGGUACAGGAAGAUUAUAUGUUGAUGGUGAAACAUGGUAUUCAACACCAUGUACAGCAUGUACCUGUAGAGUAGGACAUGUUUUAUGUGCUGCACCAAAAUGUCCACCAGUAACUUGUGAAUAUCCAAUACUAGAUAAUAAUAGUACAUGUUGUAUGAGAUGUCCAAAAGAAGAUGAAAUUAUAUCAAAUAAUAAUUAUACAGAUAAAAAACAACAAAAUUUAAUUAUAAUUGAAAGUAAUAAUAUUGGUUUUUAUGGUAAUGAUGAUGGACAUAAUGAAUUUUGUGUUGAUGAUUCAAGAAUAGCUCAUUUAAUAAAACAAAAAUGGAGAAAAGAUGAAUGUACAUCUUGUGAAUGUAAAACAGGAAAUAAAAUAAAUUGUUAUAAAGAAAUAUGUCCAAGUUUAAAUAAUUGUAAAGAUAUUUUUUCAUCAGAAGCAAUAUGUACUUAUGAAAAGACAGCUUACAAAGUAAAUGAAGAAUGGAAGGAUGGAAGGUGUAAGACAUGUAAAUGUAUGCCAGGUAGUAAGACUGUUUGUACAGAAACAGCUUGCCCUGAAUGUAAAGAUCCUAUUUAUGUUGAUGGGCAAUGUUGUCCUUUGUGUAGAGAGGAUGAUAAAAUAUUACAAAUAGGCAGUUUAGAAUUAAAAAAAUCAAAUACAAUAUUAAAAAUUUUAUGUAUAGCCUUACUUGGAGCCUUCAUCUUUAUAGUUAUUCUUCUGGUAGUCUUUGUAGUUUUAUGGAAAAAAAAAAGUACAAAUAAUAAUAAACAAAAUGUUACUAAAGUCACUGAUCCUCUUCCUGUAUAUCAAAAACAUUUUCGCUGUGAAUCUCUUGACGACCCAACUACAGAAUCAUUACUUUCAGAUGACUGUGGAUCUAGUUUACCAGGUCGUUCUUCCUCAAAUUGCAGUUCAGAACGUGGUCCAAAUUAUACGGACAGGAUGCUUCUGCAAGCUUCCAAAUAA